UCUGCGAUCACUGCGUGGAGGACUUUGACCAUCACUGUCCCUGGGUGAACAACUGCAUCGGGAGACACAACUAUCGCUUCUUCUUCCUCUUCCUGCUGUCUCUGACUCUUCACAUGGUUUCCGUGUUUUCCGGAGGUCUGCUGUAUGUUCUGGAUCAUCUGGAGAACCUGUGGGAACCGCAUGCUGCCGUCACGCUGGCGGUCAUGAGCGUUUCGGCUCUGUUCUUCAUUCCCGUCUUGGGUCUGUCAUGUUUUCAUCUGGUGCUGGUGGCGAGAGGACGCACCACAAACAAACAGGUGAGAGGGAAGUUCCAGGGAGGAGUGAAUCCGUUCUCACGCGGCUGCUGUCAGAACGUGCAGUUUGUGCUCUUCAGUCCCAUCACACCGAGGUACACUGAGAAACUCAGUGACAGAUUGCCGCUUCGCAUUCAGCCUCCUUUCCAUCACCCAGAGUCCCACAAACUGAGCCCUCAAAAACUCCCGGGCAAGAUGGGGUCGAGGAUUUCCCUGCAGGUUCCCCAGGAACACGCGUCUGAACCCAUCCUGCUGCCGUCCGAGAAUCAAAUCACGCAAUUGCUCUGGCUCUAA